AUGGCUAGUACUUCGGCCUCUCUUGAGGAACAUACCGAAUCACUAGACGGUACCGAGAGUGACUUGGAGUCUGCUACUUCUUAUUCUUCUGUUGGCACUACUAAUACAUCUUUACAUCCUACAGCUCGAAGGCAUGGAGCCGAUGAGGUGGCUAUCAUGGUUUUUUCCUUCCCUUUCUCUCUUGAAGCGCAAGCAAAGACAUGGUUCUAUUCGCUACCAGAUGAGAUUGUUACUUAUUGGGAUUUCUUGAGAAGAGAGUUUCUAGAUAAAUUCUUCCCACCAGAGAAGACCGACUAUAUCCGGAAGGAGAUUUCGGUGGUAGCGGAAGUGCAAGAAGAAGACCAUAACAAGUUGUGCUACCAUGUUAUUGAAGAGACGGAUUACCAAGAGGGUGAACAUGAAAAAGUUGUUGAGAAUGAACUCUGUGAGCUUGACGAAAAGGAACCUCAGCUUGAGGCAAAGAGUGAAUUGAAGCCUCUCCCAUCUCAUUUGAAGUAUGCUUUCUUAGAGGACAACCACAAGUUUCCGGUCAUUAUCGCUAGUGAGAUUUCUAGUGAAGAAGAAGAAAAGCUCCUAGAUGUUCUCAGAAAGUACAAGAAGCCAAUUGGUUGGAGCUUAGCCGAUAUUGUGAGAAUUGACCCUCGUAAGUGCAUGCAUCGUAUAUUUCUCCAAGAGGGAGUUAGGCCGGUUAGGCAACCGCAAAGGAGGCUCAACCUGACCAUCCUCGAUGUGGUUGUUCCUAAGAAAUUAGGCAUCACGGCGGUUACAAAGGAUGAUGGUGAAGUGGUCACCAAGAGAGUACAAAAUGCAUGGCAAGUGUGCAUCGACUAUAGAAGGUUGAAUGCCGCUACAAGGAAGGACCACUACCCUUUGCCCUUUAUCGACCAGAUGUUGGACCGUUUAGCGGGUAAAUCCCAUUACUAUUUUCUUGAUGGAUUCACUGGUUACUUCCAGAUUCACAUUGCUCCUGAAGAUCAGGAAAAGACCAUAUUCACUUGCCCUUUUGGCACCUUUGCUUACAAAAAGAUGCCAUUUGGACUAUGUAAUGCACCCGUUACUUUUCAGCGGUGCAUAACCAGUGUCUUUUCUGAUCUAAUGCAGAAUUGUCUGGAAGUCUUUAUGGAUAACUUUAGUGUUUAUGGAACUUCUUUUGAUUGUUGCUUGGAGAACUUGGCUAAGGUCUUAGCUAGAUGUGUUGACACUAACCUUGUCUUAUCACCACUUUAUCUCACCCCUCAUCUGUGA